AUGGAGGUAAAGUCUAAUUAUGGUCAGACAAGACCGCAAUAGGAAAAUGAAAGUCUUUUGGUACGAAUGCAAACGGAACUGAAGAAUAUCAUAUUUCGAGUGUUCUUUUUGAUGCUUAAAGAUGAAGAGUAAUCCAUUACUGUUGCUGCUUUGCUCCAAACUAUUAUGUUCUUGCAAUACUUGUCCUUAAUAUUUUACCGAUAAUUGUAUAUAAUUUGGAAAAAUGAAGGAGUCUCCUACUAAUUACACAAACUAUUUGGCUACCUUAUGCUGACUCCUUAUUUUGAAAUGUUGGAGUUUUCUAGUUUUGCUUCAAUGAUGUAUGUAUUAGUAGGUAUAAUCCUAAUUGCCAUAAUGAUAUUGCUGCUAGUAGGUUAUAGUAAUACAAUCAAGUUAAAUACAGCAGUAUCAUGGCCAGUUUUCAUAUUAAAAUAGUUGUUCAUACUGUUCUCAACAAUAUUGUACCUUCCUACUCUUAAUCUCCUUUUCGAGAUGGUAAAUUGUCACGAGAAUGAUCAAAAUAUUGUUGUACUUUAAGCAUUUGAUCAGGAAUGCUGGAAUGGAGCACAUAUUGUUCAUGGAAUUGUUGCAAUUUUAGGAAUUCUGAUUUUCGUAAUUUUCACUGCAAUUUUUAAUUUGUUAUAUUUUGAAGCAAGACCAAAAAUAAAGGACUUGUUGUCUAAAUAAUCAGGCAGAGCAAAAACUUUUGUCUACUUCUAUCUAUUAGUAAUGUAGAUGUCAAUAAUUAUUUUUGAUCCCAAUGAUCAUCCUUAUAUCAUAAUCUAUAUCAUACUUGUUGGGGCCUUUAUCUCUUUCUAUAAAUUGCAUAUUGAAUAACCAUAUCACAAUUAUAUGAUGUAAAAGGUGGUUUCCAUAUAUUCAACUUUAAUUUUCUGGAGUGCUUUGCUUCUUUGUUUCUCAAAUUAUUUGGAGGACAACAUCUUUCAUGGUACUAUCUACGCUUGGCUAGUUGGUUUGCCCCUUUUGGCAUUGGCAGUAUUUAAAAAGCAAAAAUAUCAUUAUGAUUUAUUACUUAUGAAUAUCUCAAAAGUAGAUGAUCCAAAUCAAAUAAUCAAGCUAAUUAACUACAUUUAAACACUUUUAACAGGGUAUUAAAAUAACUAAUAAUUUAAUAUUAUGCUAAAUGCACUUAUUGAUGUACAUAAAAAUACAUGUUAAAUUGAAGAUUGUGUAUUUAAGAAUAAAAAGUAAAUUAAUUUAAGAAUAAUCUAAUAAUAAGAUGAAGAUUUAUCAUAAAGAGAUUAUAAUAUAUACCUUUUGUUAGGAGAGAUUUAUUAAAGAACUAUGAGAAAGCAUUCUACACAUGCAAAAUUAAGAAUUAAUUAUGCAUUUUAUCUAUUGGAUUACUUAAAGUAAAGAUAAUAAGCAUUAAAUGAAUUAAUAUAAGCAGAAAAGUUAAGUCCAAGUUUAGAUAAUGAAUUUACGAUAUUUAGAUAUAAAUAGAUAGUUGAAUAUGAAAUGAAUGCAGUUUAGAAUGAGAAUUUAGGUAAUUUAGAUGUAGCAGCAGAAUUAGCAUUUUAAAAUUAUAUGAGAUCCUUCUAAAACAAAAUUGAAAGAGCAACACUUAUGCAUAUGGACUUUUGGUCAUAAUUAUAAGAAGAUUCUCCUGAUUUAGGUAAGAUGAAUGAUAUUGGGGCCAAAAUUAAUUUAGCAAUCAUGUAAGUUGAAGAACUUUGGAAUAAAAUGUAGAAAAUGACAUCAAAUCUACCCAAAGCUAUGAGAUUAUAUGCAAAAUUCAUGGUUGAAGUAUUACAAGAUAAAGAUUAUGGAGAAGAAUUAUUGGAAAAAGCAAAAUUUUUAUAAAUUUAAAAUAGUAAAAUGAAAAAUAAAACUUAAAUUUAGAUCUUUAAUGUUGAUGAUAUCAACUUUGAAUCACUACCAACUUUGAUUGUAUCAGUAUAAAAUGAUAAGUUUGCUUAGAUUAGCAAUUUAAAUCUGAGUGCAUGUAAUCUAUUAGGGUAUCAUAAGACUGAACUAUUAAAUAGAAAAAUUAAUAUGCUCAUUCCAACAAUUUAUGCUAAAUUUCAUGACUAAUAUAUUGAUGGUUUUAUUGAGAAAAGUGAUGCUUCAAAGAUAUCGAAGGAGAAAUUUGUUUAUUUGAAACUAAAAUCAGGCUAUAUUUAGCCUUGCUAUUUAUAACUUAAAAUGCUACAAUCUGCUGAGGAAAGUAGUUAAUUAAUUGUUUAAUUCAGAUCUUUACGCAAUUUUAAGAGUGCUUGUUAUAUAAUUUUAGAUGCUGAUGAGUCUAUAGAGAGUCUAUCAUCAUCUUGUAUUUGUAAUAUUUUUAUUGAUCAUAAAACGAUUAGCCAUAAAAAGAUAUUUAUUUAAGAGAUAUUCCCUAAUUACAAUAGGAAUGAUUAUCUUAAUAAAAUAGGAUGUAAAAUAGUUUUGAAUUUAUCGACUGAACUAAUUUAGAAUUCUUAUUACAUAUAGUAUUACGUUAAUGAUUUGGAGGAUCAGACAUAAAUAGAAUUUUAAAUUCAAGUUACAGAAAUCGAAAAUGAAAAGAUUGGUUAGAUCUUUGGGUACGUUAUAAAGUUAGAAAAAGUUGCUGAAGUCUAUAGUUAAUAAUUUACUCCAGAAUUGUUGCAACAGUUAGCCAUUCCAAAUUAAAGUGUUAGCAGUUUUUAAUUUAAAUAUUUUGCAAAUAAAGCCUUAUAUGUAGGCGAGAAUUAGGAUGAGAUAAACUCUGCAAGGGUCGACCAAACUGUCAUAUGGGAGUAUACAUCUAGAACAAGUGAGGAGACUCAAGAAGAGAAGAAAAUAGUAAUUGAAGAUAUUAAAAUUGCAAAGCCUAAUUAUGCUGAGGGUAUAAGGACUCUAAAAUUGUUUGAGAAUAGAAUUUAAGAUUUGGAAGACAUAAAAUUAGAUUUCUCAGAACAAGAGGAGGAACAGCAUUCUAGUGUAUUUCAAAGACAUUAAGACAGUCAAGAAGAAAUUGAAUUUGGAUAAAAAAAUAAUAUUUUUCGUAAUAGAAAAGCCUUAAAUUCAGCAAUAAAUAAUUAAUAAGUUCCAAAAAUUAUGGUGUAUUUGAGUUGGGUGAUAAAUAUUUUAGUUUUGGCUGUUUUAGCUUUAACAUUUACUUCUUAUUUUCUGGGCUUAUUUUUAUUUUAAAAUGUUCAAGAUUCUUUAAAUUUAUUAGGAUAUGCUACAUCAAGAAAUUUGGAAUGUAAUUAAAUAGUGAUGAAUAUUCAAAAUUUAUAAAUGCUUAACAUUGGUAUUUGGAAUUUGACAGAAGCUGAGGCUAAUGACUAUGAGACUUAAUAAAGAACUGAACUGAAUGAUUCCAUUUUUACAUUGACAUAAGUAAACAAAAAGUUAAUGUUAUCAGAUAUAUAUAUCAAUGACUAAAUUGAGGAAUUGCAUUCUUAGAGCGUUGUAAAUGUUAGGAUAAACAAAAACAGUUAUUCUAAGUAUGACCUAAUUGAAGCAACAUAAUAAAUUAUAAGUAAAGCUUUGAUCGUUAGAGAUAAAGUACUUUCUUAGAUUAAUAAGGAUGACGAAGAUACAAGUUUUAUUUUAUACAACCUAUUCAAUGACAUUGUCUUUCAAUUGAGAAAUGAAACAGGUCAAUAUUCAUAUGGACUAUAAAGUGUUGCAGAGGAUAAUGCUCUCAAAUUUUUUAUUAUAUUGAUUGUAGCUGGUUGCUCAUUCAUUAUACUUUUGAUUUUCAUUUUAUUGUUUUUGAUGUAAAUAAACUAAACUAAAGAGUAAAUACUAUAAUUAUUUGUUGAAAUACCUGAGAAAACAGUUAAAUAUUUGUAUAACAAAAGUGAAAAUUUUAUAUCGAAUUUGUAGAUAGGAGAAGAAGAGGAGAUAUCAUCAGAGGUUAGUGAUGAAGAGAAUGAUGAACAGAAAGAGCUGAAUAAGUCAUUAAAAUCCAAGAGAAGGAAAAAAUUACUUAAAAAUAAAAACUCCUUUUUCCGAACCUAAUCUAUUUUAGCAAUUUUCCUUGUUUCUAUAUUAAUAGGGUACUUCAUAUUGAAUUACUUUCUUAAUUAAACGACCUAUAGUAAUUUAAAGUAACAAAUACCAGAACUAAACAUAACAGCUAGAUCUGGGUCAUUUUACAGAUAUGUGGAUAAUGCAGAAAGACAAUUGUUUAUGAACAGAGAUGAUCCAAUUUUAUUGUAGGAUGCAUAUACAUCAGUUGUCAAUAAUUUGUAAUCAAAUUAUGAUUUGGAUUCUUCUUUACAUUCUGAACAUGCUUAGAAUUCUGAAAUAUGCAAUUCAGAUUAUUAUGAGACAUUUCAAUAGGUUUUCAUGAUGAAUCCUUGUAGCAUUUUUAUAGCUCUGGGAUAUUCAAAUUAGGAAUAUUGCGAGACUUAUGCAAAUGGAGCAAUUCAGUAAGGAAUGGCAGUUGCAAUUGCAAGAUUCUUUGAAAAUGUGAGGUAUCUAAUGACGAUAUAUGAUGCAUUUUAUGGUCAUCCAGGGGUGAAUUUCACUACUACAGCUAGAGGAUGGGGAGUCUUUAGAAAUAUUACUUAGAAUUCUGACAAUGUAACCAAUUACAUUUAUAAUUUGAAUAACUUUAAGUAAGCUUAAGAAGCUAGAGUUUUAUAGAGUGUCUUUAUUAAAGGUAUUAAAGCAAUUAUCCUUCAUAGGGGCAUUCAUUUAUUUAGUUGACCAAUACAUCAACGCUUUGAAGGAUGAUAUCAGUUUAACUUAGACUCAAUAAUUGGCAAUAUUUAUAGUGUUUGAAGUGUUAGUAUUCUUAGUAUACUUUAUUGGGUGGUACCCAGCCUCGAUUAGAAUGACGAGAGAUAUUUGGAGAACAAAGGGAUUAAUAAUGAUGAUUCCUUUGAAUGUAAUAUUGAAGAUCAAAUCGAUUAAAGAAAAGGUUGGAAAUUUAGUGCAAGGGGCAGAUUAGUGA